AUGAAACGCUUUUUCAAGCCAAUAGAGAAAGAUGGGUCUGCAAAGAAACCAAUACUAUCCACAAACCAAGAGGACAGUGAAACGAAAGAGGUUUCACUAUCAGAGGAGACCAACAACAACAGCGAUACCAAGAAGAAAGAGGCAUUAAAGUUUGUCACUUGGAAUGCUAAUAGCUUGCUACUUCGAGUCAAGAACAACUGGCCCGAGUUUUCAAAGUUUGUGUCUGACAUUGAUCCUGAUGUCAUUGCCAUACAGGAAGUAAGGAUGCCUGCUGCUGGCUCGAAAGGUGCACCAAAAAACCCUGGAGAGAUCAAAGAUGAUACAAGCUCUUCCCGUGAGGAAAAGCAGCUGCUGAUGCGUGCUCUUUCCAGUUCACCAUUUGGAAAUUAUCGUGUUUGGUGGUCCCUUGCGGAUUCAAAGUAUGCAGGGACUGCAUUACUAGUAAAGAAGUGUUUUCAACCAGUAAAGGUCUCUUUUGCUCUUGACCGAACAGCUUCAAAGCAUGAACCAGAUGGAAGAGUUAUUUUAGCUGAAUUUGAGACAUUCCGCUUACUAAAUACAUAUGCUCCAAACAAUGGUUGGAAAGAGGAAGAGAACUCAUUUCAAAGGAGAAGGAAAUGGGAUAAAAGAAUGCUAGAUGUUGUUGUGCGGUUAUCAGAUAAGCCUCUUAUCUGGUGUGGCGAUCUGAAUGUUAGCCAUGAAGAGAUAGAUGUGAGUCAUCCAGAAUUUUUCAGUGCAGCAAAGCACAAUGGUUAUGUUCCUCCAAAUAAAGAGGACUGUGGACAACCUGGAUUUACCUUGAGUGAGAGGAAGCGCUUUGGUGCCAUACUGAAAGAGGGAAAGCUGAUAGAUGCAUACAGAUUUCUGCACAAAGAGAGGGACAUGGAGUGUGGCUUCUCAUGGUCUGGAAACCCCAUUGGAAAGUACCGAGGAAAAAGGAUGAGAAUUGAUUAUUUCAUCAUUUCUGAGAAACUCAAAGAUAGGAUUAUUCAAUGUGAGAUGCAUGGGCAUGGAAUUGAAAUGGAAGGUUUUUAUGGGAGCGACCAUUGUCCAGUUUCUCUUGAGCUUUCUCCAGCCAGUCCCGAUUCCAGUGAGAGUUGA